CAAAUCUAUAAAUUGAAAAAUUCUAUUAUAAUAUGAAAGCCCGUGAAUCCUUAUUUCAUAAUAUUCCUUUUUGUCCAGUUCUUCAUCCUUCUAUGAAAGAAUUUAGUGAUUUCCCAUCUUACAUAGAAGUAAUAGAAAAAUAAUAUUCUAAAGACUAUGGUAUAGUCAAGAUUGUUCCACCUAAAGAAUGGAAGGCUAGAACUUCUGAUUAUACAGACUCUUUAGAAGAUAAAGUAAUUAGCGAUCCGAUAGAAUAGAAUCCUUAUGGAAAAGGGGGAGUCUAUGAAUGUGUCCAUAUAAUGAGAAAAUCUAUUCCUUUCAAAGAAUAUAGAAAAAAAGCUAUGAUAUUUGAUAAAGUCACAAACGGAAAAUCAAUAGAAGAAGUUGAAGAUCUAUUUUGGAAAAAUAUUUCUUUUAGUCCUCCUUUAUAUGGUUCUGAUAUUUAAAUGUCUAUUUUUGAUGAAGGUGUUAAAUGGAAUUUAAAUAACUUAGAUUCAAUAUUAAGUUAAGGAUUAAAAUAAAAGAUUUCUGGAGUAAAUACACCUUAUUUAUACAUAGGAAGUUGGAAAACACUAUUCGCUUGGCAUAAAGAAGACUUAGAUUUAGGUGGAAUAAACUAUUUACAUUAUGGAAAACCAAAAUUCUGGUAUUGUAUUCCAAGAAGUGAAGAUUAUAAAUUAGAAGCUAUAGCAAAAGGUAAUUUCCCAGAAGCUUAUGCAAAAUGUAAUUAAUACUUGAGACAUAAAACUUCUAUAAUAAAUCCUUAUUAAAUAAUUAAGAAAUGUAAAGGAGAUAUAAAAAUGUCUAAAGUUGCUUAAAAUGAAGGAGAAUUCAUUAUUGUGUUUAGUGGAGCUUAUCAUACUGGAUUUAAUUGGGGUUAUAAUAUAGCAGAAGCUGUAAAUUUCGCUUCUUUGAAUUGGCUAAAAAUCUUUACAGAAUGUAAGCCUUGUAAAUGUCAUAGUGAUAAUGUUAGUAUAAAUCCUGAUGAGUUUAUAAAAACUUUAGUAAAAAAAGACUUGAUCUAAAAAAUUGUGCUGAAGUAAAGAAUUUCAAAGAGUGGGUAAAAUAAAAAGAAAUAUAUGAGGAAAAAUAAAAUAAAUAAUUUGAUUCUUCUGAUGAAUAAUCGAAUAGUAUUUAAUAAUAAUAAAUUUAAAAAUAAAAUAUUAGAAAAAAUAUGA